CAGGUUUUCAAUCGAAACAUCAUCUACUCUCUCAGAAGAUUCGUCAUGGCCUCAUCCACUUUCAAACUAACCAUUCAUCUACCACUCUCAGCAUCCAUCAAAGUCUGAAGCCAAGUUACAAAUUAACCAUACUAAAGUGGUUCUAGGAUGGAUGAUCGAGAAUUAGAAUGGGAAAUCCAAGAAUCAUCAACAGGGGAUAGUGAGAAUGGCAAACUAAGUUGGUUGAUGAGAUUGGGAAGGAAAAUAUUUGUCACUGGAAUUGUUAUAUCAUCUGCACCACUUGUCUUUCCUCCAAUUAUGGCUAUUUCUGCUAUUGGGUUCGUCUGUUCGGUCCCUUAUGGAGUCUUAUUAGUAAGCUAUGUUUGCACUAAGACUUUAAUGAGUAGGUUACUUCCAAUGCCUUCGCGAUCUGCCCCAUUAUUGUUGGAAUAUGGAAAAGCAUGUAAUGGCGAAGAAGAAGAAGAAGAGGAAGAAGAAGAAGAAGAAGAAACUAAUGGAGUACAAAAUGAAGUUAUUAAAGGAGAUAUUAGCAUAGAGAGGGAGGAAGAAGAGUUAAAAGAGGACAUUAUUGAAGAAAUUGAGGCUAGAAUUGAAUUGGUUGACAAGAGAAAUGAGGAACCAGAUAAGGGGGAUAUUUUGCAAAAGGGUGCAUAUCAGAAAGAUGGGGUCCAAAAUGAUGUAAAGAGAUCAGCUGGAGAUGAUAGUGAAUUUAUGAAUGAAAGGCCAUCCCAAAGUUUUGAAGAAGUUAAGGAAAUAACAGGAAUGCAAACAGAGCAGCCAAUGAUAGGGGAAUGUCGAAACAAACCGCCAGCAGAAAAGGGCCAGGGUAUUGAAGCUGUUGUCCAAAGGGACGAAAAGUGCAGCAGCAAUCUUGUGAAUGAAACGCCAUUGGGAUCCGGAAAUGUGAAAGAGAAAGAUGAAUACGUUCAGUUAAUUCGGGCCAUUGAUGCUUUAGUGAAUGAGAAAUUUAGAGGGACAACUCGAGAACAACAAAAAGAAAAGGAGGUUCCGGAAAUAAAUGAAGUUAAAGAGGAGGAAUAUGUGAGAGAUAAACAGCCAAUAGAGGAGACCUGCAAUGUUGUGAUUGAGUUUGUGGAAGAUGAGGAGAAUGGCAACAAUAAGGAGAACGAAAAACAAUUUCUGAUGGAAAAGGUAGAUGUGCAUUUCACCCAGUCUACUGAUAUUGAAGAGGAUGAAGAGUUAGUAAGGGAGACUAGGGGAUUAUUAGAAAAAAUCCGGGACCAGGGGGAAAGAGGUUAUAUGGAUGAUAAGCCGAGUACAGAAAAAGUGCAUGUUGGUACUGAGAAAGAUGAUAAGCAAAUUUUACAAAUUUCUGCAAAUGCCGUCGCUGAUUACGGGAUGGAAAUGCCAACUAGUGAAUCUGAAACUGAAGUAGAAAAAAAUAAAGCUGAUAGCAAAGAGCAAAUGAAGGGAUCUGUGGAAAUGGAUAUUCAGAAAAGGGAGCAACCAGUAGGGCCCGUGAGUGAAACUGCGAAUGAUGAUAGCAUUACAAAGGGGCUUACAGUCGAAAUUGCUGCAUCGAUUGUAGGACAAGCAAAAGAUGAAAACAUUGUAGAUCCAAGCUAUCAACUGAAUAAGGAGAAGAAAGAUGUGGUUUUUUCCAAUGAAGAUGAAAGAGAGAUCAAUGAGGAACAAGGGCUUGACCUGUCAGAAAAUUUAAGUACAGUUAGUCUGCAGGGGUCCCCUCAAGAAGUGAACACUGAAGAAAGUUGGCCUUCAUCUAGUUACUCACUUCACCAAGACGCUUCUGAUUCUUCAGAUCUUCCUGUUUCUACAAAAGCUCAGGAAGCAGAUAACACUAAAAUUCCUGUAGAAAAUGCCACGGAUGCCCCAUCCAAUGAGGCAAUACACUGUGAGGAGAAGAUUUGGGAACAAAUGAAUGCUCUGAGAACAAUAGUGGGGUAUAAAGCCGCCCGAAGAGAGACAUGCAUAGAAGAAUUGAAAGCUCUGUAUGUGUUCACUGGAAUUGAGCCCCCUGCAUCCUUGAAGGACACGUGUGAUCCUGCAGAAGUCGAUGCGAAGCUUGGGUUUCUCAAAUCUGUAGUUGGAGUUAAAUAGGAAUGUGGUUCAUUAUGGACUUGCUUUUAGGUACUUGGUCGAACUUUACUUAUUUAUAGUUUUAUAGUUUGUGACGUUAGAGACAUUAGAUUUAAGAGUAGAGAAGCUUGGAGUGCAGGAUAUUGAAUGAAUUCUGUGUAGUGUCUUGGAGUGAGAACUCUGGAGGCCUUUCCCUUGCAUUAAUAGUUCUCCAGCUUUUUUGUUUUUACAGAAAAUUUAUAUUAGUAAAUUUCUUUGUUCCUUUC